AUGUCCAAGAAGGGGCGAAAUAAGGGCGAGAAGCCCGAGGCACUCAUUGUUGCCCUUCAAGCUGCCAACGAAGACCUCAGGACCAAACUCACAGACAUCCAGAUAGAACUGCACCAAGAGAAGUCCAAGGUAUCAAAGCUUGAAAGAGAGAAGACUCAAGAAGCAAAGCGGAUUCGUGAGUUGGAGCAGCGCAAACACACGGUCCUGGUGACAGAGCUCAAAGCCAAGCUCCAUGAGGAGAAGAUGAAGGAGCUGCAGGCGGUGAGAGAGAACCUCAUCAAGCAGCAUGAGCAGGAAAUGUCAAGGACAGUGAAGGUGCGGGAUGGGGAGAUCCAGAGACUCAAGUCCGCUCUGUGCGCUCUCCGGGACGGCAGCAGUGACAAAGUAAGGACAGCACUCACCAUUGAGGCCCGGGAGGAGGCCCGGAAACAGUUCGAUGCAGAGCGCUUGAAGCUCUUGCAGGAAAUCACAGACUUGAAAACGGCCAAGAAGCAGGUGGAUGAGGCGCUGAGCAAUAUGAUCCAAGCGGAUAAAAUCAAGGCUGGGGACCUUAGGAGUGAGCAUCAGUCCCACCAGGAAGCCAUCUCGAAGAUCAAGUGGGAGUCGGAACGGGACAUUCGGAGGCUGAUGGAUGAAAUCAAAGCCAAGGACAGGAUCAUCUUUUCCCUGGAGAAGGAACUGGAGACUCAGACAGGCUAUGUGCAGAAGCUCCAGCUGCAGAAGGAGGCUCUGGAUGAGCAACUCUUCCUGGUCAAGGAGGCCGAGUGUAACAUGAGCAGCCCCAAGAGGGAGAUUCCAGGAAGGGCGGGAGAUGGCUCCGAACACUGCAGCAGCCCGGAUUUGCGAAGAAAUCAAAAGAGAAUAGCUGAAUUGAAUGCCACUAUAAGAAAGUUAGAAGAUAGGAACACCUUGCUUGGAGAUGAACGGAACGAGUUGUUAAAACGUGUGCGGGAAACAGAAAAGCAAUGCAAACCUCUCCUGGAAAGGAACAAGUGCCUUGCCAAGAGAAAUGAUGAGCUGAUGGUGUCUUUGCAGCGCAUGGAGGAGAAACUAAAAGCCGUAACCAAGGAGAACUCAGAAAUGAGAGAAAAAAUAACAUCUCACCCACCCUUAAAGAAACUGAAGUCUCUGAAUGACCUUGACCAAGCUAAUGAAGAACAAGAGACAGAGUUUCUGAAACUGCAGGUCAUAGAGCAGCAGAACAUCAUUGACGAGCUCACAAGGGAUCGAGAAAAACUCAUCCGUAGGCGAAAGCACAGGAGAAGCUCGAAGCCAAUCAAGAGGCCUGUUUUGGAUCCAUUCAUUGGCUAUGACGAGGACUCCAUGGAUUCAGAAACAUCAUCCAUGGCCUCCUUUAGAACGGACAGGACACCUGCCACUCCUGAUGAUGACUUAGAUGAAAGUCUAGCUGCUGAAGAAUCUGAGCUACGAUUUCGACAGUUAACAAAAGAAUACCAAGCCCUCCAAAGAGCAUAUGCCCUCUUGCAGGAGCAGACUGGAGGCAUCAUAGAUGCUGAAAGAGAAGCCAAGGCACAAGAGCAGCUCCAGGCAGAGGUACAAAGAUACAAGGCCAAAAUCGAAGAUCUGGAGGCAACGCUAGCUCAGAAGGGGCAGGACUCACACUGGGUAGAAGAUAAGCAGCUUUUCAUUAAGAGAAACCAGGAGCUUUUAGAAAAGAUAGAGAAACAGGAAGCAGAGAACCACCGGCUACAGCAGGAACUACAGGACGCCAGAGACCAGAAUGAGCUGCUGGAGUUUCGCAACCUAGAGCUAGAAGAGAGAGAAAGGAGAUCCCCUCCAUUUAAUCUACAAAUUCACCCCUUCUCAGACGGCGUGAGUGCCCUGCAGAUCUACUGCAUGAAAGAAGGUGUGAAGGAUGUGAACAUCCCUGAUCUCAUAAAGCAGCUUGACAUCCUGGGCGAUAAUGGGAACUUGAGGAACGAGGAACAGGUGGCCAUAAUUCAGGCCAGCACUGUGCUGUCACUGGCGGAGAAGUGGAUCCAGCAGAUUGAAGGAGCAGAGGCUGCCCUGCACCAGAAGAUGAUGGAAUUGGAAAGUGAUAUGGAACAAUUCUGCAAAAUAAAAGGCUACCUGGAGGAAGAACUGGACUACAGAAAACAAGCUCUUGACCAGGCGUAUAUGAGAAUCCAGGAGCUAGAGGCUACCUUGUAUAAUGCACUGCAGCAAGAGACUGUGAUCAAGUUCGGUGAACUGUUAAGUGACAAGCAGCAGGAGGAGCUGCGGACGGCUGUUGAAAAGUUACGGCGGCAGAUGCUGAGGAAGAGCAGGGAGUAUGACUGUCAGAUCCUCCAGGAGAGGAUGGAGCUCUUACAGCAAGCACACCAGAGAAUCCGUGACCUAGAGGAUAAGACAGACAUUCAAAAACGGCAGAUAAAGGACUUGGAGGAAAAGUUUCUGUUUCUAUUCUUGUUCUUCUCUCUUGCCUUCAUUCUAUGGCCUUGA